AUGGAACCCAAAGCUAGAUAUGUAACAGAGCCGAGGGAUGACCUCGCCUGGGAGGAAAACGAUAAGCAGGAUGAGAUUUGGGAGAAAUCACUUUAUUCAAACGAAGUUCGGCGUGCUGUCGGCAACCUCAUCUUGAGGUAUAGGCCUGGGGCCGCCGAGGUACUUCAUAGGCCGAUUAAAGGGGGUUAUAACGUCCUCUGGCGCCUAGAGUAUAAGGAUGGCUCAUCGACAGCAUUGAGAGUCCCCUUCAAAGGUAGCGUCAAGUUCCCCGACGAGAAAACUCGCUACGAGGCGGCCACAAUGCGCUACAUCGCAGAGAAUACAACCAUCCCAGUGCCCAAGGUAUAUCACUACGGGACUGCGGCAGAAAAUCCUAUCGGGAUUGGACCUUUUAUCAUUAUGGAGUACAUUGAGCAUGAGAUGACAAUGUCCGAGGCCCUAGCAGAUCCUCUAGACCCUGACGAAUACCACGUCUUAGAUCCCAAUGUUAGUGAGCACAAGCUUAACUUACUUUAUGGACAAAUGGCGAACAUUCUCUUACAGCUUUCUCGCCUAAAAUUCCCUCGAAUUGGUUCAUUGGUCGAACAUAAGGAUGGGAAGAUUUCCGUGUCUGGGAGGCCCCUCACACAGAACAUGAACUCAUUGAUUCAAUUGACUGAUAUGCCUCCGACACUGUUGCCGUCUCCAUCUCAAACGUAUACAAAUGUCGACGAGUGGUAUACCGCCCUAGCUGAUAUGCACAUGGCACAACUUGUGUUCCAGCACAACGAUGCAGUUGAAGACGAGGACGAUGCUCGGGACAAAUAUGUCGCUCGCCAACUGUUUCGGCAGCUCGCGUCUAGUGGACGACUUACGUCUGAAGAUAAGCUAGAGGGGGACGGCAAAGACUCAGCCGGGUUUCUCAUAUACUCCUCUGAUUUACGCCCCUCGAACAUCCUAAUCGACAAGGACCUUCAGGUUGUCGGUAUAAUAGACUGGGAAUUCGCCUACGUUGCGCCGGCUCUGUUUGCUUUUGACCCCCCUUGGUGGCUUCUGCUGAGAUUACCAGAGUGCUUUGAUGGCAAGUACAAGGCCUGGAUGAAAGCAUACAAGCCUCGCCUGGAGACCUUUCUCCGCCUGUUAGAAGUCGAAGAGGAGAAAAUGCAAGCCAGCUCCGAACUUGCCAGCAGCUUCAGGCAUCUAGCCCUGUCGGACGCCAAGAGCCCGCCCCUUUCAAAAAUGAUGCGACAGCGCUGGGAGAGCAAGGCAUGGAUGAUCAAUUACGCCGCUAAGAGCAGCUGGGAGUUCGAUGCUCUUUUUUGGCGGUACUUGGACCCUAAAUACUUUGGGCCCAAUGAAGUAGCAGACCAUCAAGCACGGCUUAGCAGCCUCACCUCGAAGGAAAGUGAAACUAUGGACGCUCUUGUCAAGACCAAGAUGGAGGAGGCUAAGGAACGGAGUCUAGUUCACUGGGAUCAUGGCAGCGCGAAGGCCCACUUGGCUAGAUUCAUGGCUUGA